AUAUGGUGAUUUAUGCGGGGGAGGGGUCUAUGGUGUGGCGUUUUUGUGCUGCCAAAAUCUACACUGGGAGGAACAGUUUGGACAUCAAGCGGUUCUGUAUCAAAAGCGAUUUGAGAUUCCUGUGUUCCGGACGUCUUCACAGUCCUCUUGGUUUUGAAGAACCUCUCCUUUUGCCUGCAGCAACCUGCCCUGUCUUCUCUGUUGAAGCUAAAAGGAGCAGAGUUUACACAGGAAAUAUUCUACUCUCACUGGCAAUUGGAUGGGAGAAAAGAAAAUCUUUGACCUUGGAAAUUGAAGAUGUUGUUGCCAUGGGAACUGUUAAUCCUUCUGUCAUUCAAGGACUGCCUUGCUGAGAGAAACACCCGCCAUGGACCCGUCUUCAGUCAAGAACCAAGUGACAGCAUUUUCCCCUUGAGCUUUGAGGACAACAAGGUGUUCAUCAAUUGUAAAGCAAAGGGAAACCCAGCCCCAUAUUAUAAAUGGAAGGUUGAUGGGAGAGAGAUUGACAUGGAUUUGAACUACAACCUGGUUGAAGGAAACCUGUUGAUCAAUAACCCCCAUGCAACACAUCAUGGAGGGGUUUACCAGUGUAUUGCUACCAAUACCUUUGGAACCAUCGUCAGCAAGGAGGCCAAGGUGCAGUUUGCAUAUCUACAGAAUUUCAGCAGAAAGCCCAGGAACACAGUGUCAGUGAGAGAAGGCCAGGCAGUGGUGCUACUGUGUGGCCCUCCACCCCAUAAUGGAGAGAUCAAAUACUCAUGGGUUUUCAACGGACGCCCAAGUUUCCUGCUGCAGGAUACCCGUCGCUUCGUCUCCCAGAGGACAGGCAACCUGUACAUCGCCAAAGUGGAGGCCUCCGAUGUGGGGAACUACACGUGUGUGGUGAGGAACAUGAUGACCAACGCCACCGUUUACAGCUCGCCCACCCCCGUGGAGCUGCGCAGGGACGCUGUAAUGGCAGAGUAUGAGCCAAAGAUCGAAGUUCAGUUCCCGGAAAGUCUUCAUGUCACCAAAGGAUCAUCAGUGAAACUGGAAUGCUUCGCCUUAGGAAACCCAGUGCCUGCCAUCACAUGGAGGAGAACAGAUGGGAAUCCCCUCCCUGGCAAGAUGAAAAUCAACCAUUCCAACGGGGUCCUGGAAAUACCAUAUUUCAGACCGGAGGAUGCUGGUGCAUAUGAGUGUGUUGCAGAGAACUCCAGAGGAAAAAACAUCGCCAAAGGGCAACUCAUAUUCCAGAAUGUUGAACAUCUGCACUGGGUCCAGACGUUAAAAGAUGCUCAUAUGGCUAUCGAGGCUAAUCUUCAGUGGGAGUGUAGGGCGAGCGGUAAACCUAAACCCGUGUACAGAUGGCUGAAGAAUGGGGAGCCCCUGGUGUUGGAGGACAGGAUACUUGUAGAAGGUGGACGAUUGGCCGUAUCCAGGAUCAACCUGUUGGACUCUGGGAUGUACCAGUGCCUGGCAGAGAACGAACACGGAGCCAUAUAUGCCAGCGCUGAACUCAAGGUUGUAGCCUCUGCACCCGACUUCUCCAAGAGUCUUGUGAAGAAGUCCAUGCUGAUCCAGAGAGGGGGGGAGGUGAUAAUGGAGUGCCGUCCCCAUGCGUCCCCUAGGGCCUCCAUUUCCUGGCGGAGAGGGGGAGAGUUUCUGAAGGACAGCAAGAGACGGACUAUUAUGGAGGAUGGAACUCUCCGUAUCACCAACAUCAGCAAAUCAGACGGAGGGAGGUACACCUGUGUGGCCAGGAACCCCUUUGGGACAUCAAGCAGUACUGGUACUCUGGUGGUGAAAGAGCCAACCAAGAUAACGGUUCCACCGCUGAGUGUGGAUGCCACUGUGGGACAGAGCAUCGUGUUGCCAUGUGAAGUGUCCCGAGACUCCUCCCUGGAUCCCACCUUUAAGUGGUUCUUCAAUGGCAAACUCAUUGAUUUUAACAAACAGGACCACUUUGAGAUGAUAGGAGGGGAAUCAGCUGGUGAUCUGAUGGUCAGGAAUAUUCAGCUAAAGCAUUCUGGGAAGUAUGUGUGCAUGGUUCACACCGUGGUGGACAGUGUCUCAGCAGCAGCCGACCUCAUUGUCAGAGGACCACCCGGUGCCCCAGAGGGCCUCAUGGUGGGGGAGAUCACUGACUCCAGUGCCCAGCUUUCCUGGGGGUCUGGGCCAGACAACCACAGCCCUGUCACCACAUACACCAUCCAGGCCAGGACCCCCUUCUCCAUCGGCUGGCAGGCCGUCAGGACAGUUCCUGAUUCUGUGCCUGGACAGAUGUUUCAUGCAACGGUGAUAGAUUUGAACCCCUGGGUGGAUUAUGAAUUCAGGGUGGUGGCUAUCAACAAUGUGGGUGUUGGAGAGCCCAGCAUGCAAUCCAAGCAGAUUAGAACGAAAGCAGCAGUUCCUGAAGUAGCACCGGGUAAUGUGAGUGGAGGAGGAGGUAGCCGAGGAGAACUGGUUAUCCAAUGGGAGCCGAUACCAGAGGAACUACAGAAUGGAGAGGAAUUUGGAUAUAUUGUGGCUUUUCGUUCUCUUGGUACAACCACGUGGAAACAGACUGUGCUGGCUUCACCUGAUGCAUCAAGAUACACCUUCAGGAACGACAGCAUCCCUCCCCUCUCCCAAUUUGAGGUGAAAGUUGGAGUCUACAACAAUGAAGGAGAAGGCCCGUCUAGCCAUGUGGUUGUAGUGUAUUCUGCAGAGGAAGAGCCCUCUGUACCUCCGUCCAGAGUGUUGGCCCGGACGCUAUCAGCCUCUGAAAUCGAGGUGUACUGGGAACCCAUCCCCCAGACAGCCAGCAGUGGGAAGAUCAUUGGAUAUGAGGUGCUUUGUUGGGAGGAGGGGGUGCAGGAGAGUGAUGCUGAGAUGGUGAAGGUCACGGACACUGUGGCCCUUCUCUCUGGACUCAUGGGAAGUACGUUGUAUCUGAUCUCAGUCAGGGCACAGAACAGCGCUGGAGCAGGGCCUUCUAGCCCUGCGGUCAAUGUCACCACCAAGAAACCACCACCAAGUCAACCUCCAGGGAAUAUUGAGUGGAACUUGACCAACUCCAAGAUCUUUUUAAAGUGGGAGCAUGUCAAGGCAAUGGGAAAUGAGUCUGAGGUGACAGGAUACAAGGUGGUGUACCGUCAGAACUGGCUUGGAAAGAGCAGUGUGGUGGAGACCAACAGGACCAGCGUGGAGCUGCAAGUCCCCUCUGGCGACGACUACCUCAUUGAGAUCAAAGUCUUGAGUGGUGGAGGUGAUGGCAGCAGCAGUGGCCCCAUCAGGAUACCAAAGAUGUCCAGUCUUAACUCAAAGGGCCAUUUCAGCUCAGCUCCAAUGAACAUUUGUGUAGUUAUGUUUUUUAUACUUUCAAGGUUAACUUUGUAACUUAAAAAUGCCUUUUAUGAACUCUAACUUUGAGAGUCAUCUACUCAGCAAAAUAUGUGGCAGAUUAUAACAAAAUUGUUAUUUUAUGUGUAGCAUUCACUUCUCAAGAAUGUGAAAUCAACAGCUUACUAUUUAGAGUAUUCAAUGCAGCUGCAUUGCCUUAUAAUUGUAUGCAUUUUCGUAUUAAUUUGUCAACCAAGCUUUUGAGUGUUUGAUUUCACUAGAUUUUAUGCAGAAAGGAUAGGCUUUACAUAUGAGAAGAUUGUUCUAAUGUCUGACAAUCUACAUGAGCCUGGCCUAUUUGUGCCUCAUCCCUGUGUUCUGUGUGCCCUGUUUAUUUGUUAUUGUACAGUAAACGUUCCGUUAGGAUGACUCAACUGUUGAAACCACCAUGGUUCACUCAGAGGUUGUCCUUUAAUUUCUUCACGAAGCACAGUUACUGUACAUGUUCUGUCUGGCCACCGUCAAUAUUCAGAAAAUUCUGUGAAAAAGAAUCUGUGGUAUUUGGACGUUCUUGAGGUUUUACAUAUUCUAUCAUCAAUAUGUAACAGUAUCAUCAUGGUCAAUAUGACCAUCACAGACAUAUUGGAUCAAUAUACACAACUUGUUGAUAGCUGGGGAAGAUUUAUAACAUUUUCCAUUCAUUUAACUCUUUCUCCAUUUUCAAUUGUUUGGUAAUCAAGAUAUUUCAAGUUGUGCUUGAUGGCUUAUUUUUUUGUUUAUUUACCAUAAAUGUGAUAUAGAUGUUGCAUAAGCCUUUUAAUACUAUUGUAUUAACAAACUAAAUGUAUCUCUGUGAGAUGUUAAUGAGACUGAAUAAAAUGUUUCACAUUGAAA